AAGAGAUGCUUGUUUUGUUAUUUACAUUGCUAUAAAGGAAUGAAUCAAACAUUAUUAUUAUUCUGAUAAAACAAUUCUGCAGUUUAUUUUGCCUUAUAAAAAAUAGUUCUGCAAUUCUGUGAUAUAAAUAGUUGCAACCAAACAAUUCUGAUUGUUAGAAAAAUGGAUUUAAAAACGCCCAACAUUGUACCCGGCGAAGCAUCGGAAACUGAUGACGAAGAGGAGGGAGAUGGCGUUAAGAUUGUAGUUAUCGAAAACGGGCCAAAUGCCCCGCCUCAAAUACAGCUCUCUCCCCAACGGAAGUCAUCUUUGGGAGAGGCAGAAGAAGCAUUCGAGCAACCUGCCGGAUCGGACGCAGAUAUUCGGCAACUGCAGUUGCAACAAAUUAUCAACGAACGCUGCAUUUCUCUUUUGAACGAGUUCAUUCACACGACGGCAGUUUCCGUUUCCAAACAGCUGGUAGAGACCGAUAAUUUGCUCAUGAAAUCACAGGUGGUGUUGCAAAACACAACAGUGACUGUUAAAAAAAUCAACGAUUCUACAGAGCAGGUCGCGUCGAAAUUACACGAUGUUCUUUCGUUUAAUUUUAUUCCGAAAAUUGAAAACCUGUGCUAGAGUAAGCCGAUCUUGAUUGCUGGACAUUUCGCCCAGUUAAGUGUACUGAAUUUUAAUUAAAAAAAUGUCUUCGAAUGAGUUU